GAGGAGGGAGAGAGCGAGAGAGAGCGCAAGCAAGCAUGUGUGGCUACGUCUUCGCACCGACUGCCUGAUAGCGCUAGUUCUACACUACAGUUCAUGAUCGCUCAGUCCCGAUAGGACUGAACCGCUAGAUUGAGAAUGCCCAGUGCAAAAACUCAGCGGAGAAUGUAGGAGUGUAACGGACCUGCUACUCCAAGCCGUGCAUUUCUGUUUGUGAUUCCUGCACUCAGCAUUUGUACACCUUUCGGUUCACUGAUCACUUUUUCCCCCGUUUCCUUUUUUUGGGUGGCACCACCAACAAUUAUCACAGCGCACGGAUAUCGCACUUGAGAUGCUGCAAUGUCCCGGGGAUUGUUCUCACGUGUUAACUUCUGGUGGAUUAUUCUGGUAGUGUCUCUGACGAUAGACACCCAGCGUGUAAAAUGCCACAGCUGUCAUGAAGUUAAAACGGCCUUCCAGGUGCGACAGAUUGGACCGCUGAAGUGGGUACCUGAAAUACCUGGAACAGAUGUAGACCUGCUGAUCUGUAAACACCAGGGCCCUUCCUGCUGCACCCGUAAGAUGGAGGAGAGCUACCAGGUGGCGGUGCGGAGGGAGACGCUGCAGAACAUCCGCUCCUACAGCUUUGAGCUCAACUACCUGCUGCUGGGUCAUGCCACGGCCUUCCAAGAUACGUUCCAGUCCCUGAUGACCUUCUCCAUGACCCACAUCAGUUCGCUGUUUGAGAGCACCUACCCCAGCCUGUCCCUGGACGCCAGCCCCCUGGUCACGCAGCUCUUCUCGCAGCUCUCGCUCUACGUGCGCGGGGGCAACGCCUCCGUGGAGGCGUCCGUGCACCGCUUCUUCGACGACCUCUUCCCGCUCGUGUACAGCCGCCUCGUGAACCCUGGUGAUGUCGCCGCCACCGCCGGCAUGGGCCUCGCCGGCGACCGUCUCGACUGCCUGCGCAUGACGCGGCAGGACGUCAACCCGUUCGGUGGGCACCCGAAGGCACUGGCGCGCGAGCUGGGGGCGGCGUUGCGUGCGGCGCGGGCGCUGACGCAGGCGCUGGGGCUGGGCAUGGAGCUGAUGAACGCCACGGACGCCGCCGUGUUGACGCGCGACUGCUCGCGGGCGCUGGUGCGCAUGCAGUACUGCGCGCACUGCCGCGGCCUCACGCUCAUCAAGCCGUGUCCCGGGUACUGCCUCAACGUGCUGCGCGGCUGCCUGGCCAGCCUGACGGAACUCAACGCGCCGUGGCGACGCCACGUGGCGCUGCUGGAGGAUCUGACGCACGCGGUGGCCGGGCAGCACAGCCUGGAGCUGGCCCUGCUGGGGGUGGAGGGGAAGGUGAAGGAGGCCAUACUGUACGCACUGCUGCACGGCCCCAGGCUCGCCGCCACGGUGGACAAAGUCUGUGGCACAUCCACGGUUGAGGCCCCCAGCUCCCACACGCCAACGGAAGGACACGCGUCCACGCCAACCGCCACAGGCACAGGCACAGGCACAGGCACGGCCACAUCCCCGCCAGCAUCAACGCCCUUCUCAGAGAGUCCAGAAGUGGAAAUGCGUGGGAGGCUGGCAGAGUUGAGGAGCUCCCUACCUCUGAAAUCUUCCAAGAGCGAUAAACCUAAAAGUCUGAAAAAGAUAUCUAGGGAGUUUGUGGGCUACAUCCCCCGCUACAAGACCUUCUUUGGGGCGCUGCCGGAGAUGCUGUGCGAGGGGGAGAUGGGCAUGGAGUUCAAGUGCUGGAGCGGGGACGACGUGGUGGAAAGUUACACUAAGAAGGUGGUGGGCAAUGGAGUGCAUGCGCAGCGUCAGAACCCGGAGCUGAAGGUGCGAGGCGUCGACCCCGGCCUGAUGGAGGUCAAGGAGAAGCUGGAACACUUUAGUGAGGAGAUCGAGGAGAGCAUGCCUGGGCUGGGCCACCGGGAGCCCUGGGUGGAGGCAGGCAGCGGGAGCGUACCUGAGGGCAGCGCAGAGUGUGAUGACGAGGACGGAUGCCAAGGGUCUGGAGACGGCCCAGGCCAUGUUGAGACUCCUGAUGUGUCUAAGGAGGUGGUGAAGCAGGGUGCGGCGCCUCCCUCCCCUAAGCGUCCUCCUGUGGGGCCGGUGACGGGCCGUAGCGGGGCCUCCACAGCCUCCUGCUCGCCUCCUCUGCUCCUCCUGCUGCUGCUCCUCUCCACGCUCCUCAUGGCACCUCCUCGGUGGACUCUGCUUUAACACACACACACACACACACACACACACACACACACACACACACACACACACACUCACACUCAC